UCCAAAGCUCCUCCCAGCUGAUUGUUGAGAGCAGGAGUGAUUCAGUCCCAUUGUUUGAGAGGAACGGAUCAAACGCCCCACACAGAGAACCUCCUUUUCUCAUGGAAAUAAAGUGUCUGCCUCUCAUUCAUACAUGAGUUUCUCUAAUGCAAAGAAGUCGAGCACGCAGGGAGACUACACACUACUAAGUGAAGUUACGAGCACACGAGACUGAAGUCUUGGAGAGACACUUUGGAGAAGAGGAACCCUGGACGCGCGCACACCAUAAAUGAGGGUAUUUAUUUAGUGAGAUUGAUGAGGUAUUGCUGAUAUUUCACCAUGUUUGCCCUUGGACGGUGCGCGCUUGUUUUUGGACUGCUGUGCGCUGGGCUCUCCGCGGGCGCAUCGGUGUGUCCAGCCGGCUGCGAGUGUUCAGAAGCCGCGCUGACGGUCAAAUGCGUUUCUAAAGAUCUGCGGAACAUACCGACCGGCAUCCCGAGCUACACCAGAAACCUAUUCAUCACCGGAAACCACAUCAGUCAGAUCGAACGCGAAUCUUUCCAGGGACUGGAUAACGUGACAAAUUUGUCACUGUCCAACAACAGGAUCUCUGUGGUGAAGUCUUACACAUUUUCUAACUUGCGGAGCCUCAGAUCGCUGGACCUCAGCAACAACCAGCUGGCCAUCAUCCAUCCUGAGGCUUUCACUGUCCAGAGCCGUAUGUUGAGGGAGCUCAACCUCAGUCGGGCUCUCUACAACCACUCAUCUGUCAUUGAUUUAGCCACCUCUCUUCGCUGGAGUACCUUGAGUGACCUGCUGGGGCUGGACCUGUCCAGUAAUGGCCUUGUCUACUUGCCCCCUGGCAUCUUUUGCCAUCUUGUUGGCCUGCGGCGCCUUCACCUUGCCAACAACUCUAUAGUGUCCAUACAUAAUGGCACAUUCACAGGACUGGAUCACCUCCAGGAGCUCGAUCUCACCCAUAAUGCCCUCAGGACUUUGCGUGAAGAGGCUCUGAAAGAGCUGGAGCAGUUGCGUUCGGUAAGGCUCCACUUGGCGGAGAAUCCUUACACCUGCACAUGUGACAUCGAGCCUUUUGCCGCCUGGCUGAACGACUCAAGAGUGCGUGUAGAGGACGUUGAGCGCCUGACUUGUGCGUUCCCUGUCGCGUUGCAGAACACAUCGCUAUUGACGGUGGGCGAACUGGAGUUGGGUUGCCAUAAGGCGGGAGAGGGUGACAACCUAGCACUGCAGACCUCGUAUGUAUUCCUGGGUCUUGUGCUGGGAUUUGUUGGUCUCAUGUUUCUCUUUGUGCUUUACCUGAACCGCAAAGGUAUUAAGAAGCGCAUCUACGACAUGCGUGAUGCAUGCCGGGAAGUCUGGGAAGGUUACCACUACCGAUACGAGAUCGACUCAGAUCCCAGAUUGUCGCAAUUUUCUACAACAGCUGAUGUGUGAUCAGACAUGAACUCUUCCCAAACCAAGCUCCUUAUACGAACUUGUUUUCUAUUGCAUUUAUACUUGGAAAAUGCCCGUAUGUGAUGCGAACAUGUAGACAUAUUUAAGUAGGCACAUUUCUUGUGAAAAGCAUGUACUGCCUGUCUUGUCGAAGCCUUUAUAACAAGCGCACCUCCCCCUCAAGUCUGCACAGAACUGGCCCCAAGAUGCAUUUGCUUCUCAAUCAUCAUGGGAUGUUUGAGGAUUAGCCCAAUAAAGGGGCAGAAGCCAUAAAGCAACUCUGACCACCACCAACAAACCCCCCACCAAUCUCCAUUGUCCUGUACUGGAAUAUUGCCCACCUCUUUAGUGCUCAAGUGCCUUGUUUAUUGGAUUUAAGGGGCUGACCAGCUUCAAUAAGGGACAACUCAUAUAUAUAUAUAUAUAUAGAUAUAUAAAUGCAUACUGUGCUGUUUGUGGAGUUUUGAGGACUGUUUUAUUGCAUGCUUGUGCAGCUCUGUUUUUAUGGAAGCGUAUGCAGUUCUAGUGUCGGACCCUGAGCAACAGAAUUAGCAGCUUUCUAUGGUCCUUUCUGUCCCUCUAUCCACAGGGAGUCUGCGAAGAAUGUGCCGGAUUUUCUCUCCAAAAGCAUUCCAGCAGGAGGAUAACCUCCUCUAAGCUCUAGAAGGAGGAUCUUUUGAAGAAAGAGACCCAGUUUGCUGAAAUCUCCGGCUGCUUUUUUUUUUUUUUUUUUUUUUUUUUUUUUUUUCUGUUCAAAAGAGACGUUUUGCUUUGUUUUUAUUCCACUCAUUUUUAUUGUCAGAAUGAUGAGAACCAGCCCUUACGAGAGCUGCUGAGCGAGACCCCUCCUCCGUGAAGCCUGUUCGCUCUUUGAAGACUCAGUCUGGCUCAGUUCCUCAUAUGUUCCCCAGCUUUUUCUGUUUAAGGGACUGUUACGGUGAUAAGAUACAGAUGAAGCUGGGGCCGUUGUGCUGAAGGGUCUCAUGCUCUAUUUUUUGAGUACUGUUUCCAAAUGUGUAAGACUGAAAAGAAAUAUCCUUGAUGUGUUGUGCCUGUGUGCUGCACUUGUGUUUAGAUAACAUGGUUUUAUGCAGCAUAUGUUUGUCAAAAGACUAUUUAGUCUUUGAGUGAAUCUCACAAAGACCGGCAAUUUCUUGUGUAAAUAAAUUCGUAUUUCACCUUAUGAAAAGAAAAAAAUAAAUAUUUUGCAUAACAGAAA